AUGGAUCCCCAGAGGAGCAUCUUCCGUGACUUGUCCAACUACACCAGUGACUUUGAACCCAGCAGUGUGGAUACUGACUUGUCCAACAGCUCUUUUGGCAACUCAUCCCACGUCCACAUUCCUCCCCACAGCCUUUGGGAGGCCAUCGCAAUCGCCACUGUUUCUGCCAUCGUCAGCUUAAUAACUGUCGUAGGCAACGUCCUGGUCUUGGUGUCUUUUAAAGUCAACAGUCAGCUUAAGACGGUCAAUAAUUACUAUUUGCUCAGCUUAGCCUGCGCCGACCUCAUCAUAGGAGUGUUGUCUAUGAACUUGUACACUACAUACAUCUUAAUGGGAUACUGGUCGUUGGGGAACCUAGCGUGCGAUCUCUGGUUGGCGGUGGAUUAUGUUGCCAGUAACGCUUCGGUUAUGAACUUAUUAGUCAUCAGUUUUGACAGGUACUUUUCCAUUACGAGGCCGUUGACAUACAGGGCAAAGCGGACUCCGAAAAGAGCAGCCAUUAUGAUAGGAAUGGCAUGGAUCGUGUCAUUCGUUCUCUGGGCUCCUCCGAUCCUUUGCUGGCAGUAUUUCGUCGGCGAGCGCACCGUGCAGUUCGACCAGUGCCAAAUCCAGUUUUUGACAGAACCGGUGAUCACUUUCGGCACCGCCAUCGCCGCUUUCUACAUCCCAGUUUCGGUUAUGACCAUCCUGUAUUGCCGUAUAUACAAGGAAACUCAAAAAAGGACUAAAGACUUGGCGGAGUUGCAGGGACUAACCAGUGGAUGCGUCCAGGAAGGCACCAAACCUCAAAAGACACUGAUUCACUCCUGUUUCCAUUUUACACGAGAGAAAGCAGAUCGAAGUCAAGCAUCCUGGUCUUCUUCCAACCAAAGCAACGCCACCAAAACCACCACGCGUUCCGAAGAGGCGUGGACCAAAUCCGAGCAGGUGACCACGUCCUUCAACAGCUACACGUCUUCCUCGGAGGACGAGCAUCACGUUUCCAUGGACACGCCCCAAGGCUCCUUCAAAGAUCAAAACCGGGGCAGCAAGAACGGACAGGUGGCAGACUACGGGGGCGACGAGCAGUACUUCUCCUCGCCUUCCAAGCAAAACUGCAAAAAGGGCAUCGCGUACAAGUUCAAACUGGGUUCUAGAGGCAAAGAUCCUAGUCCCGAACCAUCUCCAAGCAAAACCGAGACGGCGCAGGCGAUCAAAGACAACUCAUCGCCUUCUUCCUCCUCCACUUCCAAACCGAUAGACCCCAACAUGAAGAAUCAAAUCACCAAGAGGAAGCGAAUGGUGCUCGUGAAGGAGAAAAAAGCGGCCCAGACCUUGAGCGCGAUCUUGCUGGCUUUCAUAUUGACAUGGACGCCCUAUAACAUCAUGGUACUCAUCUCCACCUUCUGCGCAGAGUGUAUCCCCACCUGGUUGUGGCACUUGGGCUACUGGCUGUGUUACGUGAAUAGCACCAUCAACCCCAUGUGUUACGCCCUGUGCAACAAGACCUUCCAGAAGACCUUCAAGAUGCUGCUGCUGUGCCAGUGGAGGAGGAGGAGGUGCGAGGAGAAGCUCUACUGGGGAGGGCAGAACGCACACGCCAACAACAAAGUCACUUGA